AUGGUCACCUUGAACACCUCGUAUCUCUCCCAAAACCGUGGAAUCAUCAAAAUUCUUCAAAUCAUUGCCGGCUUUGCUAUCAGCAUUCUUUUCUGUGGUGGAUGGACAAAAAGCGGUUGCUUUGGUUGGGGUCAAAUCGGCUAUGCGACAACGUUAAACUCAAUCGUGACAAUCAUCAACAUUGUCCUCUUUUUCCUCAACUUUUUAGAUGCAAAGUUUUGGAGAUUGGAGCGAGUCUACUCGAUUAUUUGCUGUAUUCUCUUCCUGAUCGCUGCCGCUUUAAUGGUUUGGUUCUUGAUCGUUGAACAGCAUGACUACAGAGCGCCAUCGGUUAUUGGAACGAUCCUUCUCUUCUUCCAAUUCAUCCUCUACCUCUGGGACGUGAAAAUUCUCCAAGGGGAGGCGUGGAAC